AUGAUGAACUGUCGCCUUUCUUUACUUCUCUGUGCGUUGGUACACUCACUGACAUUCUACUCCGCUUCUGCCUUUGUAACUCCAACAAAAUGCCCAGGAGCGCAGUUUUCAUCGCUUUCACCCAUUGAGAAGAAUGGCCACCAGCACAAAUCCGUUCAACAACAACGACACUCGGUUGGCAACAUCCAAGUUCAAGGACUCUUCGGUCUUGGGGCUCCUGAAAUUGCUGUGAUUCUUGCGGUUGGUGCCUUCAUUGUGGGUCCGGAAAAGCUUGGUAGCUUUGCAGGUGAACUCAAGGAGAGUCUGAACGAAGUACCAGACGAAUUAAAGAAGAUUCCAGAAGAAUUCCAAAAGGGAGUUGAAGAAGGAGAGAUCAAUGCAAGAUCUCGUAACGCCAAGACUAUGAAGAAAGCACCAGCCCUAAAGAAAGGUGAAGAGUAA